AUGACAGAUCCUCAUGCACCGCCGCCUCUACCUCUCUGUAAGCAGAACUCAUGGUCGCCGGACAUACUCCGUGAGGAGGCAUGGCAGCGUCAGAAGUGCAAUUGGGGCACGCGGAGUGUCAACCGCAGCAGAAGCCUUUCGCAUGAUGACUUGGAGGAACUGAAAGCCUGCAUUGAGCUGGGAUUCGGAUUUGAUUCCCAGGAAAUCGACGCUAAACUCCGCCGCGCCUUACCUGCAUUGGAGUCUUACCAUACUUUACGUAAGCAGCAAUUCAGUAACAACUUAACAGAAAGGGAUGAUGCAGAGGUGGUGAAGAUGAGAUUAAAGCAGUGGGCACAAUUGGUUGCCUGUGCGGUUCGGGAAUCAUCUCCUUCCUGCAGAUAA